CAAGUUUUAUUCUCUCUCUUGUCUCUUAUUAUUCCUUCCCUCACCCCUCACGCUCUCUCCCCCAGGAACCCUUUGUCAAACCAAGCUGGCUCAUUUUCUCUGUCCCCUGAUCCUGUCCAGGGCUUGACUCUUUCCUGUCCGUUCCCCUGCCAUCCCAGAGUGCCCUCUCCAUUCUUGCCUGGUGGGACUUGCUAUUUGAGGUGAAUUGACGCUCCAGUAAUCCUAACAUCUCUGUGGAGGUGUCACUGACCCUGUGGAAAUGUGCCCUUUAUAUUCUCAGAGCAGAGCUCCGUGGAAUGGCCCUCUUCCACACACUCUCACCUGAUCCUUUGCUGCUGUGAGGAGAGUUCUGUCUCCAAGGGCAUUGGAGGGUGGGUAGGGGGGUGUAUGCAGUGGAAAGUUGGGGCCUGUCCUGCCCCACCUCUGGAGCAUGUGUUGGCCCUUUGCACACGUGCCUGCCCCUGAACCUUAUUUUCCUAAUCUGUGAAUUGUAGUUGGACCACAGCAUGGCCUCCUAUGCCCCUUCUAAUUCUGUGAAAAGGGUGAGCCCCCUUUAGGAAGCCUCUGGCACUAAGCCCCAGGGCUUUAGGAAGACAACUUUCCAUCAGGGGAAAGAAGGUUCACAGUUGUAAGCUUGGGAAAAGCUCCCUGCUGGAGAAGGCCCUAUGGGAAAAGGGAUUCUCAUCACAUGCAUGCUGGGGGUGGUCCAUGGGCAUGGGGCAGCCACCCCCAACCCUGACUUCUUUUCCACUCUCCUGUGACCCGGCUAGGUCAGCUCCCCCACAUGCUCCUUACAAAGGCUGGAGUUAAAACGACUAUGGUUCCCUAUUCUAGGUCAAAACCAGUGUCUUCCAAGAGCCCUCAACCUCAAAAGCCAUAUUUGUUCUAGGCGUCCAUCCCAGGUGGAUUCCAGAAGAGAAAGGAGGUUCCUAGCUUCCCAGCAUCAUCCAUCACCCUUAGCCAGAUGCCCGACUUCCAGCAGGAGUCUCAGCUGUUUACCGAGCUACACCUGGCCAAGGUAGAGAAAAUGUUUGAGGAUGACGUCAACUCAACUGGAGCCCUGGACAAGAAGGCUUUCAUUAAGGCCAUGAAGAAGAUGGUGAGCGGUGUGUCAGACGAGAUGCUGGAGGCGCUGUUUUUGAAGGUGGACACAGACUGUAGUGGCUUUGUCACCUGGCCGAAGUAUGUGGAUUACAUGAUACGCGAAUUCCGGGGGAAGGAGAUGAUGAAGAGCCAGUACCGUCUGCACUUCCAGCUUCCCAUGAGGAUCAUCCCCCUGAAUCAUGGGAGUGAGAUUGUGAAAGUGGAGUUUUUAAUCCAUCGGUUCAAGAAGACCGGGUAUUUCCUGACCAUCACCAAGGACGGGUUCCUGCAGUCCUGGUCCGAGUCCUUUGUGCUGAUCAACUGCUUUAGGCUUAACAAGAUCCAGCAGCUCCACAACCAGCGUAUGUGGGUCAUCGACAUGGUGUGUCUCCACAACAUGAACCUGGUUGCUGUUGCGUCCACUGACCAGAGGAUAGAGUUCUUUGAUAUCAGUAACCAUAGCUGUGUCCCGGCCUUCACCUUCAUCGAUCUGGACAGCUGUGUCCUGGUCAUGGACUACUGGUCUGACUAUAGCAGAGGUGUGUUCUGCUAUGGGGACACCAAAGGGAACGUCUUCGUCUUCACCUCCGACAAUGUGACCAACGGGCUGUUCAACCCCCAGAUCUUCCCCAAGGCCUCCAAAUGGGAUCAGGGGAUCAAGGUUUCCACGCAGAAGCUCUUAAAUGAGAAGUCCCCUUUGCACAGAAGUUACCGACUGAAGGCUCUGCAUCCCAACUGGUGCCAACAGGUCAAGUUCAUCCCCCAGCUGAACCUGGUGGCCUCCUGUUCAGCCAUUGAGAAGUCCUCUCUGGUGCUGACGAUAUUGCCAUCCAAAGCCCCCGAGAAUCCCAAGUUUUCAGUGCUGAACUUGAGAAGAGGAAUUCUUUGCUUCGAUUACUGCCCAGACAAGAACUUCCUGGUGACCGGUGGCUAUGAUCCUCUCAUCCGCCUGUGGAACCCCUUCUUUUCGAAAAAGCCUGUGUGGCUGAUGAAGGGUCAUCAGACCUCAGUGACGCACAUCCUUGUGAACAGCCAGAACAGCAGCAUCCUCCUCAGUGUCUCCAAGGACAAGAAUAUCCGUGUGUGGGACAUGCAGGACUACAUAUGCCUCCAGUCCUUCUGCGGGAAGCUUUUUGCCCUGGGAAACUGCCCCAUCACCAGCGCCUACUUCCACAAGAACGACAACACCCUCAUCUGCAGCACCUAUUCGAUUGGGAUCCUGAAAGGGUACUUAGAGACCCAGGGGCCUGGGAAGGCCGGGGAGAAGAUCACGACCCACAGCACCCCGCUGUGCAACGUCCUCUACAGCAAGCUCUUUAAGCAGGUGGUGAGUGGCUGCCUGAGUGGCAUAGUGAGCGUGUGGGAGAUGGUGACGGGCAGGAGGAUGCUGGAGUUCUCUGUGACCGGUGACGAGGACGUGGAGCUGACUGCCAUGUCCCUGGAUGAGUCGGAGCGGUGCCUGCUCACAGGUUUGCAGGACGGCACCGUGAAGAUGUGGAACCACAGCAUCGGCGAAUGCCUGCUGACCUUCCCCUCCCAGGAUCAGCUGGAGAUUAGUGGGAUUGUCCAUAUGAACAAUGUGUUCUACGUGACUGGGUGGAGUAAGAGAAUCACUUGUUUCAGGUUCCACAAGGCCAAGCCAGUGCUCUUGUCCUACCACUGGCAGACCUUCCACAAGGAGGACGUCCUGAGCAUGGCCAAGUACCAGAACCAGUUCCUCGGGACCUCCUCCUACAACGGGGACAUCCUCUUCUGGAAUGUCAGCAUGUUCAGGCCCAUCUUCAAUUUCAAUGCUUCUGAGAGCCCCUUGCCCUUGACGCCCAAGAGGGUGCGAGUGGCGGACGACUUCCUGGGCCAGAUGCACUGUCCCAGCAAAUCCUGCUUGCAGCUGACAUGGGCCCACAGGAGCUCAGAGCAGCCCCAGGACUCCAGUGAGAAGACUGUGGCCAAUGCCAACCUGAGACGGACCCUGACGUCAGCCCCCCCGGUGAUGAGACAAUCCAGAGACAAGGACCCAGACAGGCCUGUGCCCCUGCAGAAACCUCUCAACACUGGCAGCCCCAAGCCGUCAAGAAUGCCCCGUGGCACACAGUCACUUUUAACAGAGGCUGAAAAGAGAAAAGGGGAACUCAUGAAGAAGAUAUCGCUGCAGUCCAAUGCAUCGGUGGAGAAGAUAAUCUUCCUGCAGACCAGGCCUCGCCUGCCACACACAGCCGCCCUGCUGAGCAGCUGCGCGGAUGGUUGCAUCUAUGCCUGGUCCAUCCAUGGGAAUGGUGGCCUGCUGGGGAAGUUCCCUGUGGACUUGGAAGACAAGUGGGACGUGGUUGUGGGCGCCAUGGCCACUGAUGAAAAUGACUGCAUCCUUGUCACAGGGGAUAAUAAAGGACACAUCAAGAUCUGGGACAUCAAGGAUUACUGCAUACCCACUGACAAGCGGUCAUCCCAACACAGUGGAGUAAACAAGUUCCAGUUCUUAAUUCCUAAACGGAUCCGGACCAGCCUCCCAUACUACGUUCCCUUGAAGGAGAAGGAGAUCGUGGCUGGCCAGACCAUUUCCCUAGUCCCCCCCAAGCUUCUGAUUACCUGGAAGGGCCAUUUGGGUAGUGUGGCAGACAUCCUGUAUGUGGACAGCUUCCAACUGGUUAUCAGCGCUGGGCAGGACCGGGACGUCAAGGCUUGGAAACUCACCGGUGAUGCCAUUGGCACAUUCGGCCUGAGUGUUUGGAAAAGGCUGCAGGAUACCCAGGUGGCUGGUGAUCAUGAACUAACAAAAACCUUCAAAGAGGAGGCUGCCUCCAUGGCCGCUGCCCAGAAGUCCUACUCAGAGCUGCGGGAGGAGCGGGACCUUGCGGAGGCCCUGGUGCACCAGCGGCGGGAGCAGGCGGCCCUCCUGGCACUCCUGAGUGGGAAGCUGGACUCGGAGGCCGAGGCUUGGGCCAGGCUGCAGAAGAUAAUGCUGACAUCCCCAUGGGCUGGAGGGCGUUCCUCUGAAGACAUUGAGAACAGCUGGCGCGAGUGGGAGUCCCAGGGCAAGCAGGGGAGCAGAGUCGUGGGAGCAGCGUACAAGCCCAGGGAGCGGUCGCGGAGUCCCGGCCUCCUGUCUACUAAUGUGCCAUACGGCUGGAUGAAGUACCAGAUCUCAGCUCAGGUCUACCAAAGCUUACACUUCAGUGAACUGGCGCCCACCGACCAGACUGACUUCAUGAUGCACAAGGUCCCGGACCAGCAGGGCUGGCUCACCUACCUGGCGACCGAUGACAUCCAGAAGGACCUGGACCCCUACAGGGAGACCAUGACCAACACCAUAACCAGCAUGUCCACUGCCAUCCCCUCCCGCUCCUCCCUUGCCUCGUCAGCCUCAGGCUCCGGGACCCUGGUGUCCAGCUUGUCCUCCUACCCUUGGAUCCAGCCCUCCCCGACCUUGCUGCAGCCCUGGUCAGCUGUCACAGCCCAGUCCUCCCCCACAGCCCUGUCCCAGGCAUCCGGGUUCACCCUGCAGAGGUCGGCGACCCCCAUACCUGUCGCCUCCUCUCUCAAGCAGCACUCAAGGCCUGAGAAGGCCACCCUUUUGUCCUCCAUGAAAAAGGGCUCCCACGUCAGGUUCUGAGAUGGCCGUCCUUCUCUCCAGCCCUCCAGCAGAGCAGCCAGGCCCACAGGGGUCCUUCUGUCCUGGUUUACCCUCUGCCAGGCCAAGAGGAUACGAGCCUUCCCUGGGCUGUCCCCACUCUGCCCAGCUGGUGAAGCUGACCUUCUUCCUUCUCCAGAGUCCUGCCGAAGAAAAUAAAUGUCCCCAGAUGUUGGAGUCCCACAGCCACGAGGUUGGGCUGGGUGUCCUCGCUCCUUUCAGAGUGGGUUGUGUCUCCAAGAUUGGGUCACAUCCCCCUCACAAGGCCCUGGUGGGAUGCACGGAGGAGAGGCCCUCCUCAGGACACCUGGUGCGGUUGUCUGGCAGGCUACAGGCCAAGGCCCAGGGCAGGGGCUUUGCAGGCCGUGGGGUGACGUUGUGGGGGGUCAUGCCACUGCAGUGAGCUGUUUGGCUCUGAAACUUGGUCCAGCCCCACAGUUGGAGUGAGGCCCAGCAGCCGUCCAGGGGUGGUAGCAGCCGUUUGUCUCCUGGACCUGCUGUGUGUCUGUCCUCCACUGUCGGGCACUCCACCACCGGGAACCCUGUGUUUAUAAGUUGUUCUGUCCCCUCAUGCAAGAGAGGCGGGAAGUGUGGUAGACGGCACCCUGGCCUGGCUCUGUCACUGUCUGGCUUUGGGCCCUCUGGGCUCAUUGUCCCCCUCCAGCCCUGAGGCACCCAUCCAGGCCUCUGCUGGGCCACCAGCCCUCUUGGUAGCUCCACAUCGCGCUCUGGGGCACAUGAGGAAACUGGACACAUGACCUACAGCUGGUGGAGAGCCAGAGGGCCACUACUGCUGUGCUGUGGUGGCCAUGGUGUCACACUAGGUGGGGCUUGCUGGAGCAGUGGCAAGGUGGGCUGCAGGCCCAGUGUUCUCAGGGGGUCUCUGGAAUGCUCUGUGUUCCCACGGAUCCUCCUGCCUGGCCACGGCUCCACCCUGAGGGGUGCACAUGUGGCUUCUCACUCCCUUCCACCUCCCUCUCACACUCCCCAGGGUGCGGGCACAGGGCUUCCCUCUCCUCUCUAGCAGGGCGUCCCCUCUGUCACUGCACCUCUCCCCGGGCCACCCUGUUCUUUCUGCCACGGAGAAACUGUGAUCUGAGCCCUCCAAGGCUUGGUUCUUGGGUUAGGGAGUCAGGGGCACCGAGGAGCCAGGAUUCCUGAGGCCAAAGUACCUUUGCCCGUGGACCCCAGCAUCACCCCUGUAUCUGUCUCCUAGGGCUGCCGUAACAAGGGCCACAAACCGGCGGCCUAAGACACCAGAAGGCAUUGUCUCCUGGUUCUGGAGGCAGAAACCCCGGGUCGGCCGGGCUGUGUUCCCUCGGAGAUGUUUAGGGGAGGAUCUUCCUUCUGUCUCCAGCUCUGGUGGAAGGCGGAAGGACACCCGCACGUCUUGGUGUCCUUUGCUUGCAGCCAUGGGCUCUAACCUCUGCCUCUGUUGUCACGUGGCCUCCCAUCGUGGGCUCGUGCCAUCACAUGGUGGCCUCCUCCCCGUGCGUGUCUCUUUUCCUAUAAGAACACCAGUCAGUGGAUUAGGGCCACCCUGCUCCCCUAUGACCUCAUCUUAACUAGUUACAUCUGCAGACACCCUAUGCCAAGUCAGCUCGCUGUCUGAGGGACUGGGGCUCAGGACUUCAGCGUAUCUUCUUGGAGGAUACAGUCCAACCCAAGCCAGUCUUCACGUCAUAGAUGCCCUCUCAUGACCAGAAAGCCGCCUGCACCUUAGGGACCUGCAGUGCAGGAAGCCAGGGUGUGAGGACAGAUCUUCUGAGCGAGGGCCUGGGGCUCGGGAGGUGGGCCAGGCCUGAGUCCUCAGUCCGACCUCUCUGGUGGCAGGCCUGGCCCUCUGCCCCCUCGCUUGGUCCUUUUCCGGGGCCUCUUGGUGUCUUGUUGCACUUGCCCCUCGCAGCAGUCCAGGGAGGCAGGCUGGAAGAGGCCUGAGCCCCAAGCAGAGGGAGCUGUGGGCCGAUGCUCCCUCCCGAGGGAGGCGCCCCUCUGAUGGGCGGGAGACUCCUGCCUGCUUGGCUCAGUCUGCAGGCUGCGCGGCCGUUUCCCUGGCCCAGCUGUCAGAAUCCAUCUGUCAGAACCCAGACCGUCCUGAACAAGGGUCCUCGCCCUGGUCAGGGAGGAAGUGGCAGAGCCCGAGCCCACUGCUCACUCCUAGCCCAGGCUUCAGUUGCACCCAUGUGGCGCAGUUACUCAGUGCUCCCCUGUACUUCGCUUCUAGGCCUGCGGUGGGGGGUCUCUGGGGCCUCCCACAUUUGGGAGUCUCAGGGGAGAAGCAUUAGAAGGGCUUCCGGGCUCAGCUGCUCUGACAUGGAAGCGCGAGUUUUCACAUCUAGAAACUGGUAGAGCUGGGACUGGAGCCCAGGUUUCUCUGAGCCAAAGUCCUCUGAGCCUCCCUCCACAUCCUGCCCUGGGCAGCGUCUGGAGGGAGGACUCGGGAGGGGGAGGGUGUGGACGGGGU